GUUAGUAUCUAUCUCAUUUCAUCUUCUUUCUUCGACAAUUCGUUCAUCACGAAGCCAAAGAUAUUUCUCCAUCACGAUCAUAGCCAUGACGGUGCUUUCGUCUGCAGAUCGAGCUAGUACUGAGAAGAAGGUGAAGAGUUCAUAUUUUGAUUUGCCGCCUAUGGAAAUGUCUGUAGCAUUUCCUCAAGCAACUCCAGCUUCUACAUUUCCACCGUGCACUUCAGACUAUUAUCAUUUCAAUGAUUUGUUGACUCCGGAGGAACAAGCCAUCCGGAAGAAAGUGAGGGAGUGCAUGGAGAAAGAAGUUGCCCCGAUAAUGACUGAGUACUGGGAGAAAGCAGAAUUUCCAUUCCAUAUCACUCCAAAGCUUGGGGCUAUGGGUGUUGCUGGUGGCUCGAUCAAGGGUUAUGGAUGUCCUGGCCUAUCCAUCACCGCCAAUGCAGUUGCCACUGCAGAAAUAGCUAGAGUUGAUGCAAGUUGUUCGACUUUUAUUUUGGUGCAUUCUUCUUUGGGCAUGCUCACUAUUGCACUUUGUGGAUCAGAAGCGCAGAAGGAGAAGUAUUUACCUUCUUUGGCUCAAUUGAAUACCGUGGCUUGUUGGGCUUUGACAGAGCCCGACAAUGGAAGCGAUGCAAGUGGUCUAGGAACGACUGCCACAAAGGUUGAAGGAGGUUGGAGAAUUAAGGGACAAAAGCGUUGGAUUGGAAACAGCACCUUUGCAGAUCUGUUGAUCAUCUUUGCUAGGAAUACAACAACUAACCAAAUCAACGGAUUCAUAGUCAAGAAAGAUGCGCCUGGCCUAAAGGCUACUAAGAUCCCAAAUAAAAUAGGUUUACGUAUGGUUCAAAAUGGAGAUAUUCUACUACAGAAUGUCUUUGUUCCAGAUGAGGAUCGGUUACCUGGGGUAAAUUCUUUUCAGGACACCAGCAAGGUCCUGGCUGUCUCACGUGUAAUGGUGGCCUGGCAGCCAAUCGGCAUAUCAAUGGGAAUCUACGAUAUGUGUCACAGGUAUCUGAAGGAGAGGAAACAGUUUGGAGCACCGUUGGCUGCUUUCCAGUUAAACCAACAGAAGCUUGUGCAGAUGCUGGGUAAUGUUCAAGCGAUGUUUCUAAUGGGUUGGCGCCUCUGCAAGCUAUAUGAGACUGGUCAGAUGACUCCAGGUCAAGCCAGUUUAGGAAAGGCAUGGAUUACAUCUAAAGCGAGGGAAACUGCUUCGCUAGGUCGGGAAUUACUUGGUGGGAAUGGAAUUCUAGCAGAUUUUCUGGUGGCAAAGGCAUUCUGUGACCUUGAACCUAUUUACACAUACGAAGGGACUUAUGAUAUAAACACCUUAGUAACAGGGAGGGAAGUAACGGGUCUUGCGAGUUUCAAACCGGCUACACGGAGCCGUCUCUAAGUUAAAAGGUUGUGCAGUGUUUGUUGUUGCUGCUGGUUAGUAUUGAUAUUGUAAUGUGGGGUUUACAUCUACAAAUGUGCCAAAUAAUCUGACCUUAAAAAAUUUAGGGUCCAAUGGGGGAAUAAUAUUCGUUGCUACUUGCAAUACAUAAUCCAUAUGUUA